ACAGAGCUCUCUGACGUAAACAUGCUGUUGGUCUCCAAGCAGCCAGAUAAACAGUCACACACUGUGUAAGUGAUGAUGUCCUCAUAUGGAAAACACUGGACAAGGCCGAGAUGAAGAGUCAGUCUGCUCUGCUGCACCUGAAGCAUCAUUUACUGUUUACUGAGACUCAGUGGUUCAGACUUAUUCUGCCUAACGUGGCAAAGUGGGCGAGCCGGUCUACUCUCCGGGUCACAGUGGCUCUCAGACAACGUCGCCUGUCGCGCUGCCGCGACUCCGCAACAACAACCACAACGCCCUGACGGGAGGCUCUAAAGCCGCCAUGUCGGACGCCGUCCAGCUGUCGUCCCAGUCACAGGUCCACGUCACCCAGCUGUACGAGGAGAACACCAACAAGCGUCCGGUUCUGACCUCCCAGCCCAAUGGCCUGGCUCCUCUCAGCUCCGCCCGGCCCGGCCUGCCGCUGCCGGACCGUCAGACCUCGGCCUCGGAGCCCCCCCACCACGGCCGCCAGGGCAGCGCCGCCUCCAACAAGUCGAUGGACGGCAAGCCGAAGGCCGCCUCCUUGUCCCCGGAGCAGGCCAUGAAGCAGUUCAUGUCCAAGAUGUCAUCGAUGGAACACCACGAGGUGUUCAGCUACCCCGAAGUGUAUUUUGUCGGCCCGAACGCCAAGAAGAGGUCAGGGGUCAUGGGCGGAGCCAACAACGGCGGUUACGACGACGAUCAGGGAUCCUACAUCCAUGUUCCACAUGACCACAUCUCCUACCGCUACGAAGUCCUGAAGGUCAUCGGCAAGGGCAGCUUUGGACAGGUGGUGAAGGCCUUCGACCACAAGUCUCAGACCCACGUGGCUCUGAAGAUGGUCCGCAACGAGAAGCGCUUCCACCGGCAGGCGGCAGAGGAGAUCCGCAUCCUAGAGCACCUGAGGAAGCAGGACAAGGACUCGAGCAUGAACGUCAUCCACAUGCUGGAGAACUUCACCUUCAGGAACCACAUCUGCAUGACCUUCGAGCUGCUCAGCAUGAACCUGUACGAGCUCAUCAAGAAGAACAAGUUCCAGGGCUUCAGCCUCCCGCUGGUCAGGAAGUUCGCCCACUCCAUCCUGCAGUGUCUGGACUCGCUGCACAAGAACCGCAUCAUCCACUGCGACCUCAAGCCCGAGAACAUUUUACUCAAGCAGCAGGGACGCAGCGGCAUCAAGGUCAUAGACUUUGGUUCUAGCUGUUAUGAACAUCAGAGAGUUUAUACCUACAUCCAGUCCAGGUUCUACAGAGCACCAGAGGUCAUUCUAGGCUCCAGGUACGGGAUGCCUAUCGACAUGUGGUCUCUUGGCUGCAUCCUGGCCGAGCUGCUGACCGGUUACCCGCUGCUGCCGGGCGAGGACGAAGCCGACCAGCUGGCCUGCAUCAUCGAACUUCUGGGCAUGCCCAGCCAGAAGCUCCUGGACGCCUCCAAGAGAGCCAAGAACUUUGUGUCGUCCAAAGGCUACCCGCGGUACUGCGCCGUCACCACGCUGCCAGACGGCACCACCGUGCUGAACGCCGGCCGCUCACGGCGAGGGAAGGUACGCGGCGCGCCAGGCAGCAAGGACUGGAGCGCGGCGCUGAAGGGCUGCGAUGACCCGCUGUUCCUGGACUUCCUAAAGCAGUGUCUGGAGUGGGACCCAGCACUCAGGAUGACGCCCAGCCAGGCUUUGCGCCACCCGUGGCUGAGGAGGCGACUCCCCAAACCGCCGACGGGAACCUCCGCCGGGGACAAGACCUCCUCUUCGUCCAAACGGAGCACCACCACCACCGACAGCGCCAUCACCUCCAUCUCCAAGCUCGCCACCACCUCCUCAACCAUCACGUCCUCCUCCAAAACCAGGACUAACUUGGCAGCGAUCACCGAUGCCAACGGAAACAUCCAGCCUCGGACGGUGCUGCCCAAACUGGUCAGCUGAGAGUGAACGCACCCCGCUCGCUGUGGUGGGAGUUGUGAAGCUGCGCUGGUGAGCAACCAGAAACCAAACUGGUUUGUCCAGGUUGUUUUUUUCACGCUAGUCCCCACAGCGUUGUUGGGAGUGCGUUCAGGACAGUCAUGGAAACUUAGCGUUGGGGUGUUAAAAUGUGCAGAACGGCCAGGCUGGGAUGUAAGCCGAGCUGAAAGAAACUUUAUUAUAAAAGUG